AUGGCUUCACAAAUUUCUACACCGUCCCAGUCUGGGAAGGUCGAUCUCUCCAAGAGACUCUCAGAGUUGCGGUCAAAUAACCGCAGACCACAAACCAAUGCCAGAGACCCAACCCCAAUAACCCCGCCCCUACCUUCGCCGCCAGACCUUUCCGCCCAUCAGUACAAACGACCAAUCCGCCGGAUUCUCUCAUCUAAAGAUCAUGAACUCUUCCUCUCUUCCCCGACCUACAAACUCGUUCUCGCUUUCGUCUUCGGGCUAUCCGACUCCGUACGAGGCCGCUCCGUCACCGACCUCCAAAAAAAGCCCGAAUCCGAAGCUAUCUCCAAGGUCCUUUCAGUCGUGACCCAAGUACGCGCACUCCUCUCGAAAAACCCUCCAAUCGAUCAAGGCGGGUCGCGUUUCGGCAACCCCGCUUUUCGCCAACUAUGCGAUGACGUUACAGCCCAGAGCGCAUCAUGGCAUGCCAAUAUCCUAGGACUGCAAGACGCCGCCGCAACCGAAGAAGUCUCAACAUAUCUGAUCAACUGCCUCGGAUCGCGCGAACGUAUUGAUUAUGGCUCAGGUCAUGAGCUCAAUUUCAUGAUGUGGUUGCUAUGUCUAUACCAGCUUCGUAUCCUUUCAGCUGAGGAUUUUCCCGCUGUCGUGGUGAAGGUCUACAUCGAAUACAUGCACCUUAUGCGCGAGAUUCAAUCAGCUUACUACCUCGAGCCCGCCGGAUCCCACGGUGUCUGGGGCCUUGAUGAUUAUCACUUCUUGCCGUUCUUGUUCGGCGCGAGUCAGCUCGUGAGCCACCCGUACAUCACCCCGCUGGGCAUACACAAUACAGCGACUCUUGACGAGGAGGGAGACAAUUAUCUCUACCUGGAUCAGGUCCGCUGGGUGGACAGUGUGAAGACAGUCAAGGGUCUGCGCUGGCACAGUCCUAUGCUGGAUGACAUUUCCGGUUCCAAGAACUGGAUCAAGGUCGACAGCGGAAUGAAGAAGAUGUUUGUUAAGGAGGUGUUGGGCAAACUUCCUAUUAUGCAACAUUUCUUGUUUGGAAGCCUAGUACCUGCUGCCGAGGGCAUGAGUGAUCCUUCCGAAGGUGAGGUAGGUGAACAUGAUGGACAUGACCAUGCCCAUGGCCACGAUCAUCCCCACGAGAGUGCAGACUGGUUCGGUGAUUGCUGUGGUAUCAAGGUACCCAGUACCGUGGCGGCGGGCGCCGAGAUGCGUAAGCGCAUGGGCGGGUCAAACCUGCGCCCAAUUCCUUUCGAUUAA